AGCUGGGAAAUCCUAUAAAUGUGACCAGUGCGACUUUUCUUCUGCGUGGAAAAAGAGUUUAGUCCUACACAUGGUGCGACACAAUGGCGAGAAACCGUACAAAUGUGGAGAGUGCGGGUUCACAACUGCUGCUAAAUAUGAACUUACCAGACAUAUGACAAAGCAUACAGGUGAGAAACCUCACAAAUGUGACCAGUGUGACUAUUCCUCUGCAAAGAAAAGUAAUCUAAGGACACACAUGUUGAAACAUGGUGGUGAGAAACAAGGGUACAAGGCAUUUGAUAGGUCUGAUCUGUCGAUGCAUAUGAAAAGACAUACAGCCGGGACAUCCUUUAAAUGUGACCAGUGCGACUUUUCUUCUGCGUGGAAAAAGAGUUUAGUCCUACACAUGGUGCGACACACUGGCGAGAAACCCUACAAAUGUGGUGAGUGCGAGUACAGAACUGCUACUAAAUAUGAACUAACCAGACAUAUGACAAAACAUACAGGUGAGAAACCUCACAAAUGUGACCAGUGUGACUAUUCCUCUGCAAAGAAAAGUAAUCUAAGGACACACAUGUUAAAACAUGGUGGUGAGAAAACCUCUCUGUGUGGAGAUAGCGGGUACACGGCAGUAGAUAGGUCUGAUCUAUCGAUGCAUAUGAAAACACAUACAGCUGGGAAAUCCUAUAAAUGUGACCAGUGCGACUUUUCUUCUGCGUGGAAAAAGAGUUUAGUCCUACACAUGUCACACCACACUGGCGAGAAACCCUACAAAUGUGGAGAGUGCGAGUUCCGAACUGCUGCUAAAUUUGAACUAACAAGACAUCUGAGAAAACACACAAGUGAGAAACCCUAUAAAUGUGACCUGUGCGAAUAUUCUGCAUCGUGGAAAAAAAAUUUAGACCAACACAUGGCUAAACACACUGGCGAGAAACCCUACAAGUGCGGACAGUGCGAGUUCAGGACAGCUACUAAAGGUAACCUUACCAAGCAUUUGAGAAAUCAUGCAGGUGAGAAACCCUAUAAAUGUGACCAGUGCGACUAUGUUGCUGCGUGGAAAAAGAAUUUAGACCAACACAUGGCUAAACACACUGGCGAGAAACCCUACAAGUGCGGACAGUGCGAGUUCAGGGCGGCUGCAAAAUCUAACCUAGUCAGACAUAUGAGAAAACACACCGGUGAGAAACCCUACAUGUGUGAGAAAUGUGGAUUCAUGGCUGCUAAAAUGUCUGACCUCUCAAGCCACAUGAGGACGCAUACAGGCGAAAAGCCCUACAAGUGCGACCAGUGCGACUAUUCCACAGCACGGAAAGCACAUUUAGACGAGCACAUGGCAAAGCAUACGGGUAACAAACCUUACUUGUGUGAGCAGUGCGGGUAUACGACAGCUUACAACUCUGACCUACUUGUACACUUAAAAAGACAUACCGGUGACAAACCCUACAAAUGUGACCUAUGCGAUUAUUCUACUGUAGGGAAAAAACAGUUAAACCAGCACGCGACGAAGCACACUGGCGACAAGCCGUAUAUGUGUGAGGAGUGUGGUUACCGAACAGUUAAGAAAUAUAACUUAACUGUACAUCUAAGAAAGCAUACCGGCAAGAAUUGUUAAGAAGUCACAAUUAACUCUACACCAAAGAAAACACACCGGUGAGAAACUCGACAAAUGUGACAAAUGCGACUAUUCUGCUGGACAGAAAAGCUAUCUAGACCAACACAUGACGACGUACACAGGCAAGAAACCCUUGAGAAGUGCGGUUACAGAACAGUUAAGAAGCCUCACUUAACUGUACAUUUAAGGAAACAUACCGGCGAGGAAUCUUAGAAAUGUGACAUGUGCGACUAUUCUGCUACUCGGCAAGAGUCUCUAGACCAGCACACAUGUGAAAGCUCCUUGAUGUAACGGACCCUUAUGUGUGCGGGAAGUGCGCUUGCUGGCAGUUAAGAAACCACACUUAACUGUACACCAAAGAAAACAUACCUGUGAGAAACCUUAGAAGAAAUGUGUUCUAUGCGACUAUUCUGCUGCACGGAAAGUAUGCGAACCAGCAUAUGGCACAACACACAAGGUAACAAACCAUAUCUGUGUGAUGUGUUCGGAUACAGGGCAGUAAAGAAGUCCCACUUAACUGUACACCAAAGAAAACUUACCGGUGUCAAACCCUACUACAUGUAAUGUGACUUUUCUGCUGGACACGGAAACAGAACUGCACAACAAGAUUCUACCCUGAUGAUGGUGUCUGAUAGAAAACGAAACGUUGGAACCGCCUAUAGAACCUUACUAUUAGCCUCUACCAGGCUACGUGGAUCGGUGGUCUAAUUGUAGAAAUUGGUCAAAU